AUGCCUGGCGUCAUCGCGGGAUCUCAGUACGACGACCUGACGGGAGCAGUCCAACAGAUCAUCCUCUCAUCAUCAGACUCUGACUACCUGGACCAACUUAUUCCACUCCUCAAGAAUGCCGAGACCCAAACCCAAGUCACACCAUUAAUCCAGGCCCUCAACCAUGUCUCUGCGGAUCGGGAGCACCAGAUUGAGAGAAUCUGCAACUCGAAUCACACGGAGUUCAUCAGCAGCGUCAAUCAGCUUCAAUCCGUCAGAGAAGAGACCGUGACUUUGACUGCCGAGAUCAUGGAGCUCAGCCGCAGCAUCGAGGCCACCACGGAAAAGCUCGCCGAGACCAAGAAAGCGCUUGUGGACUCGCGAGGUGUGCGACAGAACAUCGACGACGCCACUCAAGCGCUGAAGGAUUGUCUCGAAGUUCUUCGCCUGGCGAAUCAAGUGCAUGAUUUACUCGGCAAGAAGAACCAUUAUGCUGCACUUCGCGCUCUGGAUGAGCUGCAGAAUGUGCAUCUUCGGGAGGUCACGAGGUACAAGAUUGCCGAGAUGAUUGAGCGCUCCGUCCCAGCCACGCAACGCUUGAUUGCAGAUGCAGUGAUGGCAGACCUCAAUACUUGGCUUUACCGCAUCCGCGAGACGUCCCAAUUUCUAGGCGAAGUCGCAUUCUACCAUACGGAAAUGCGAAGAGCUCGGCAGCGGGAACGCGGCGAAAAGGACGAAUAUCUAGGAUCUUUCAAGUUGAAUUCUCCCGUGGAGCUGGUAGCCGAUGAGUCGGAGGAGUUCGACGUUCUCAACAACGAUGAGGUGCAGGUUGAUUUCUCGCCCCUCUUCGAAUGCCUGCACAUCCACGAUGCUCUCGGGCAGACUGAGAAGUUCCGCGCGGAUUAUGCCGCCACUCGCCGGAGACAGAAAGAUCUGCUCAUUCCGCAGACCAUCAAUUUGCUCGACGAUGAGAAUAGCAGUCUCAGUAGUUUGCUAGAAGGCAUUGCUGGAUUCGCGAUUGUGGAGAAGGCGACAAUGCAGAAGACGGAGAACUUCCGAUCUCAGAGCGAUGUGGAUGAGCUGUGGGAUAGUAUGUGCCAGUCUGCAGUAGCGCUCAUCAGCAGCGCAUUGCACAACGUGGACAACGAUGACAGGCUACUUAAAAUUAAGGGUGUAAUAGCUUUGUUCAUCCAGACCAUGGACAGCUGGUCUUAUCCUAUUAGCAGCUUGGACACCCUACUGCUGACGCUGUUCGACAAGUACAGCUCAUUGCUGAAGACGCGCUUCAGCGAUGACUUUCAAGAGAUCGUCAGCACCGACGAUUACAUGCCCAUGCCCAUCAACGAUGCCGACGAAUACAACAAAGUCAUCUCCGUCUCCUGGUACACGCCUCCCGCAGAUCUCGAAAUCACCUACCCAUGCAUCCUUCCGUUCAGCCAAAUGUACCCGCUUGUUUGCAUCGACAUCCGCAACUUCCUCAACCAAAUCUACCUUUUCUCCGACGACCACUUCCGCCACACGACUACAAUCGACAAGACGCUCAAGGAAUCUCUGGAUGAGCUCCUUGUCGACAAAGUCUGCCGCACACUUGUGGAGCGUCUCGCAUCUCAAUACCCAGGUCAAAUCGUGCAAAUCCUCACCAACCUCGACCACUUCGAACAAGCCUGUCAGGAUCUGCAAUCCCUUCUCGUGGAAGCGCGAAGCAGUUCCUCAGCAGCAGGACCCAUCAAGCUCGCGGCAACCACCGCCUUCCGUGACGCAAAGAAAACUGCCGAGAAGCGUAUUUUCGAACUCGUCAAUUCCAAAAUCGACGACCUUAUCGAGACAGCAGAGUACGACUGGCUCAGCACCUACGUUCCCCAGACCGCAAGUCCUUACAUCCAAGAACUCACCCGCUACCUGAGCAAUAUCAUGAGUUCCGUCCUGUUGGGUCUCCCCGAAGGAAUCAAGAAACAAAUCUACUACACCGCUCUCCAACACAUUGGCGAACAACUCAUGUCCCUCCCCCUCGAAGAAGGCGUGACUCGCAUUUCUCCACAAGCCGUCGGAGCGUACAAAAUGGACGUGGAAGACUUGGUAGAAUUUGUCAAAGCGCUACCUGAAGCGGAAAGUCUCAUUUCCUCGCUUGAGAAACUGCGUCAGACGACCGCGUUGAUGGAACUUGCCGCGACGGGUAAAGGAGAGGAGUUCUUCGACUCGAGUAAGAGUAACGAGCGAUUUGGAGAGGUUGAUAAGUUGAAGGGUGCGGAGUUGAUUGAUCGCGUCGGUUCGCCCGGUGCUGGGGAGGAGCUGCAGCCGCCAGGGAGGAAGAGGGAGAAUCGGAUGAGUUUCUUGCCGGAUAUGAGUAUGGAGGGAUUGGGGAAGAAACCUAGCAUGAAUUUUGAGGGGUUUGGUGAUCGGUUCAGGUCUUUUGGGGGGAAGAGAGAUCGGACUUGA